AUGAGAGGAGGUGAGAUGAAAAGCCAACAAUCUCUUUUCGCCCUAUCGGCACUCCUGCUCUGCACAUUACAGCAGACAGCUGGCUCCAGCAGAUCUCAUCGCAGCAGCAGCAGCCCAGCAUCAUCAGCAUCAUUAUCAACAUCAUCUCCAUCAGAGGUGCGAGGCAGGAUUCAUUUGGGGAUGCCCCCAACCUGGUUAAAACAGACUGGCUCCAACUAUGGCAAUCUCAGCCAUAAAAGUAGGCCAUCACCAAGGCUUAAAGAGGUAACAGGCCAAGUGAAUAGCUUUCCUUUUAACACCAGCACAGGCAAUGUUACCACUGUGGUUUCUGAGAGUUCUGGCAGGCUACCAAGCUGGAUCCUAGAGAAAGGGGAGUCACCACUGUGUGCCUACCGAGUGAUAGAAGGAGGCAUCGGGGGGCAGCUAUGUUUUCGGAACACCCUGUUCGGAUACAAGUGUCCUAAAGCUGACUGCAGGACAGUGGUGUCUCUGGGGAAUCUGGUGGCGAAUAUUCUUAUCAAUGGCAGCGUACUGUUACAGUGGACCCUUGGGGCAGAAUCUACAGUGACUGGUCAGGAUGAAAAGACAAAAGGGGCUGCAACUGGUCAGAAGAGCAGUGGGAUUUCUGGGACGGAUCAAACAAGGGAGGGAACUGUAAGGUCAAGUAGUGUAUUCAGCGGUCGCCGGCACAGACGGGGAGGCUACGAGCUCAGCUGCUGGUGGAAUGGAAGCUACACCCAGUUUGAGUGUGCCGGUGUCCAUCUUGGAUCUGGCUGCAGGGACUUUCUCCUGACCGAGCUGCAUGAGAACAUCCCCUACCGCAUCUGCCUGCGCUCCCUGGCCCACUCUGAUCCAGUUUUGAGAGCACCUCAUCAGCAAGACUGUGUAGAGUUCACCCUGCCACCGUCUGGGAUGCAGGACAUUGUGAUUGCUAUGACAACAGUUGGGGGUGCUAUUUGUGUGAUGCUGGUUAUCAUCUGUUUGCUGGUGGCAUACAUCACAGAAAAUAUCAUGAGCCCCACGACACAGCAUACAUACUCGUACCGCACCCACUCACGUCGCUGA